CCUUUCAAGGUCCCUUCCAGUUCUAGGAGAUGGGAUAUUAAAAAAUCCUUGUACCUUGGGGUGAUUGGCUUUAUUGCCUGUCAUCUUUACUGCAGGCUGUUCGGGGACACCUGCCCCCUGGUGUCUCUCUCCUGCUUCCAGACCCCUCAGCGAAUCCCACAUGAUGAAGCUGUCAGACAAGAAUUCAGACCUACGAAAGUUGGGGACUCCUUUGGACCCACGUGGUGGACCUGCUGGUUUAAAGUGGAGCUUAGCAUCCCCAGAGAAUGGGCGGGGAAGGAAGUGCAUCUCCUGUGGGAAAGCGAUGGGGAAGGGAUGGUGUGGAGGGAUGCGCAGCCGGUUCAGGGUUUGACUAAAGAAGGGGAGAAGAACAGCUAUAUCCUGACAGAUGGCCUCAAGGAGACGGAGCCUCACAGUCUGACUGUCUACGUGGAAGUUGCCUGCAAUGGUCUCUUUGGGGCUGGAAAAGGCAGCCUGAUUGCACCUCCUGACCCUGACAAGAAGUUCACCCUGAACAAGGCAGAGCUUGUGGUCUUUAACAGGGAUGUCCAUGAGCUGCUGGUAGAUUUUGAGAUACUAGUGGACAUGGCCAAGCUCCUUGGGGAGGAAAACCAGCGGAGCUUCCAGGCACUGUACGUGGCCAAUCAGAUGGUUAACCUGCUUGAUGUCACGGACUCCUGUACCUUCCCUGCAGUGCGUCACCUCGCCUCUUCCAUCUUCAGCCAGAAGAAUGGCGAGAGCCAGCACACCAUCCAUGCUAUGGGCCACUGCCACAUCGAUUCUGCCUGGCUGUGGCCAUACGAGGAGUCUAUCCGCAAGUGUGCUCGCAGCUGGGUGACCGUCAUACGCCUGAUGGAGAAGAACCCGGAGUUCACGUUUGUCUGCUCGCAGGCCCAGCAGUUUGAAUGGGUGAGGAACUGGUAUCCUGGGUUGUACGCUCAGAUUCAGGACUAUGCCAAAGAGGGACGAUUCAUACCUGUUGGUGGCACCUGGGUAGAAAUGGAUGGGAAUCUUCCCAGUGGUGAAUCAAUGGUGCGUCAGUUCCUGCAGGGACAGCGGUUUUUCCAGCAGCAGUUUGGGAAGCUUUGCUCGGAGGUACGUGUUCCUCCUCGGUGGAUCCCCUCUACAUGUUCCCUCUCUGGGGGUGGCGGAGGUGAUCCAUGUGGUCCCUUUAUGAUGAAAACCAUGAACAACAACAGAGACAAAGGCCGUGUGAACCACAGUGCCGCUCUCUUUGGGUUUGGAGAUGGAGGAGGUGGCCCGACCCAGAAGAUGCUGGACAGGCUGAAGAGAAUGAGUGAUACAAAUGGGCUACCCAGGGUUCAGAUGUCCACACCUGACCGGUUUUUCUCUAUGCUGGAGAAGGAGAAGACCCAGCUGUUCACCUGGAUAGGAGAACUGUUCCUGGAGCUACACAACGGCACUUAUACCACCCAGACCCAGAUAAAGAAAGGGAAUCGGGAGUGUGAGCGGAUACUCCAUGAUGCUGAAGUACUGAGUAGUUUUGCUCUGACCCAGAAAAAUACUUUCCAGUAUCCUUCCAUCAAACUGCAGCAUCUCUGGAGGCUGCUGCUCCUGAAUCAGUUCCACGACGUGUUGCCGGGCAGUUGUAUCCAGCUAGUUGUGGAGGAUGCCAUGAGAUACUAGGCAGAAAUCCGUAGCAUGGGUGGUCUCCUCAUUAAAGAUGCUGUUUGGUCCUUGUUUGGAGAACUUUUGCCGACUGGUCCCGAGACAGCAGAAAGCCUCCUUGUUCUGAACACUUUGCCCUGGGAACGGACUGAAGUCGUCUCCAGGACUGGAGCAAAGACCUUAGCCCUGGUGAAGGUGCCUAGCAUGGGCUGCUCUGCCGUGGAGGAUUCAUUAACACCCCCUCAUCCCGUGACGGUGACAAAACAGGCAGAUGGCUCUGUGACCAUGGAGAAUGGGGUUAUCGCGGCUCACCUGGACUCCAUGGGGCGCGUGAUGUCGCUUCGCUUAGUGCACUCGGGGAGAGAGUCAGUCCAGGAUGGUCACUGCGCUAACCAGUUUGUGAUAUUUGAUGAUGUUCCCUUGUACUGGGAUGCUUGGGACGUGAUGGAUUAUCACCUGGAAACCAGGAAGCCAAUCACAACCCUUCUGAAGCCUCUGGAGAUUGUCCUGGCUGGGGGCCUGCGAGGAAGUGUGAAAUUCUCUCUGCAGAUCAGUGAGCGGAGUGUCAUCACCCAAGAAGUCAUCCUGGAUGCCAUGUGUCCUUAUCUUCGAUUCCUGACCCAGGUUGACUGGAAUGAGGCUCACCGAUUCCUGAAGGUGGAGUUCCCAUUGCAGGUUCGGAGCAUGAAUGCAACGUAUGAGAUUCAGCUUGGGCACCUGCAGAGGCCGACGCACUGGAACACGUCUUGGGACUGGGCUCGGUUCGAGGUGUGGAGUCACAAGUGGAUGGACCUGUCUGAGCACGGCUUCGGGGUGGCAUUGCUGAACGACUGCAAAUACGGCGCGUCGGUGCACAAGAACGUGAUGAGCCUCUCGCUGCUGAGAGCGCCAAAGUCACCAGAUGCCACUGCAGAUAUUGGACCCCAUGAGUUCACCUAUGCCGUGAUGCCUCACAGGGGUUCCUUCCAGGAGGCGGGUGUGAUCCAUUAUGCUUACAACUUGAACUUCCCUCUGCACACCGUGCCAGCUGUGUCAGCGCAGUGUCCAGCCUGGAGUGCCUUCUCUGUGCAUUCACCAGCUGUUGUGCUAGAAACCGUCAAACAGGCUGAGGACAGGCUGGACGGGCUGGUGGUCAGGCUGUAUGAGUCACAUGGCAGCACUGUGGUCACGUGGCUCCAGACCUCCCUUCCUGUGAAGGAAGCAAUCAGCUGUGACCUCCUGGAACGGCCAGACCUGAGCAGCCAUCUGCCGCUAGAGGAGCAUGGCCUGAAGCUUUCCUUUACGCCAUUCCAAGUGCGCUCUGUCCUCUUGAUCUUGAGGCAGUAAGAGGGCUACUGCUACUGGCAGCCCAGCCCCUAUCCCGGAACCAGACAGAAAUCACCGUGCUCUGGGCGAUUCACUAGCUUCUCAAAUCAUGGACACGUCGAUUCCAGCACUGUGGCUACCCAGUGGGAUAGUAAGGAGUUGCCCCUUCUCAGUGUGCGCCAAGGGUCGGUGUCAGGACAGAGAUCAGAAGCAUCUGGGCUCAAGUCAGCGCUGAUUCUGAGUGUAAAUGCCUGACGGUGGGCCAUGGCCUUAGUAAUGCCGGGGGGUGGGGAUCACAGAGCUGGUGGUGUACUGGCUUAACCCACAUGUGGACAUCCUGAAUAGAAUCCUGUCCCUUUCAGGGGAGUGGUGCUGGGGUUUGAGCCUUGAUAAUGGCAGAAUCGGUUCUUUUUAUUGCGUGUCCUACAACUCUAACAGUCCUGUGCUUCCCUGUUUGCAGGCACUUUACUGUUUCUGCAGACACGCAGCGUCUUUUUGCCUGGUCUUUCUGUAAAAACUGAGCAUUAAACACUGAAUCACGUGCUGAGUAAA